AUGGUCCGCGGAAGCGAGAGACAGGAAAUCCAAGACCGGGCCAAGAGAGCGAAAGACACGGAUUUGUCCGGAGACCAACGAAACAUUUCGUCUCAACUUUUUUCUGUGUGUCUCUGUUUGUGUGUCCCCUCCGCGGCUCUACCUCUUUCUCCCUCCGUCGCGGGCCAACAAUCUCUCCUAGAUCCGGACUCGACUCCGAUCGCAGACAACUUGACACAACAGCAGGCAGUCCGCUCUUCGAGCCCGCUGUUCAUCAGGCGCGUGUUUCAGAGGAGGGCGAGGGAGAGAGGUACGGAGUACGGCCGACAGGCUUCACCCUGA